AUGUCAUCUGAACAACAAACCAAUUAUAUCAACAUUUUAUUAUUAGGUGAGACAGGUGUAGGAAAGUCGACAUUUAUCAACAUAUUUGCCAAUUAUCUGUCGUACGAUACACUGGAACAGGCAGUCAAUGGAGAUCCGGUGUGUCUCAUACCCACACAGUUUCUCAUAUCGGAUGCCGAUUACAAUCAAACACUGAUAACCUAUGGACAGGUAGAUGAAAACGAGUCGUGCAAUGUUGAGGGCGAAUCAGUUACACGUGGAUGUGUGACCUACUGUUUCACUCAUGAUUGUCAUACAAUACGUUUGAUCGAUACGCCCGGUGUAGGCGACACCCGUGGUCUCGAUCAGGACAAAGACAAUUUAGAUUGUAUAUUGCGAUUCAUUGCACAGUACGAUGUCCUGCACCUGAUCUGUAUACUGAUGCGACCCAAUCAGGAACGGCUGACCCCUGGUUUUGAGUACUGUUUUCGUGAACUGUUACGACAUCUGCAAAAGGAUGCCUCUAAAAACAUGGUAUUCCUGUUCAGCAAUACCCGGGCCACCGGUUAUAAACCGGGUACUACGCGAGCAUUGUUGUCGAGAAUGUUGGCCACUAUUGAAAGUCAAUCGCCCGAUGUUUGCUUAACACUUGACAAACAUACCAUGUAUUGUGUGGACAACGAGCCAUUCAAGUACUUGUGUGCCGUCAAACAGGGUAUCAACUUUGAGGAACAGGACGUUAUAGUCAACACUACCAGUUGGGACAACUCGGUAAAAGAGUGUCUACGACUGUUCAACUAUCUAUACAAUGGACGCACUGGUAAUCAGGGACUGACACCACAUCCCAUACAGAAUACACUGUCCAUCAAUGAAACUCGUAGACUGAUUGUAGCACUGGUUAAGCCAUUGUUUCAGAUUAUCAAUAUUAUUAAACACAAUUUAUGUGUACUAGAAUUGACACAGGUGGAAAUAAAAAACUAUCAAGGUGAUAUUGAUAAGUUGAAUCACGAAAAUAUACGUAUGGGUUAUUGGAAACAAUUAGUUUUGAAACCAGUUUCCCGGCUAUUUAGGAGCAAAUUCAAUAGUGUCAAAGAGAUUAUGGAUCGGGUAUUUCGUAUAAAAUGCGACCAAAAAGAUCGUAAACUACUGGUGCGCGAGUACGACAUCAAGAUUGAACAAAACAAAAACGAGCAUGCUAAAAUAUUGAAAUCAAUUACAAUAUUUGAAGCAUUUCUCAACCAUAAUGCCAUUACUAGCUAUAGCGAUACGUUUGAGGAGUACGUCCGGCAACAAAUAGAUAAGCUACGAUUGUCCGAUUAUGAUGAUACCGGUGCUAAUGAUGAUGAUGAUAAGCGUACAGCAAUUGCCACAAUGUACGAUAUACUUAAACAAUACAAUGAACAAAAACAAUUGCUGGGCUAUCAUAUUAAAAUGUCGACCAACGAUUGUGCCGAUAGAUUUACAUUGGAAAGUGUGGACAGGGAGAUAAGGGGACUGUACUAUCUACAGGAAACUGGCAACGAAAUCAAACAUCUACAUCGACAGAGUAUGACCAAACACGACCACAAGUCCAGUCGGUCAACGGUUGUCCGGGAAGUCAACGGAAAAAAUAUAUAUAUGAGAUAUUAA